GUUGUUCGAUUUGACAACGAUCUAUAUUUUUGUAAAUUAGCUAAUUUGGAACGUGACUGCACAUUUCGUGAGAAAGUACCGUUAGUUAUUAGUUGAUUAAUUUGCCGGUGUUUAAAAUACUGCCGCGCCAAUUAAUUUAAAGUCUGUUUAAGUAUUUUCUGAUAGUACUAGUAAAAUGACUUCGGAAAUUGCAACGCCUCCAUCUGUAUCAUGGGCGCAGAGUAAUGCCCGUGUGUAUUUGACUUUUAACGUUGAAUGUGAUAAACCAGACAUCAAAAUAGAAAAAAAUGCAGUGUCUUUUAAGGGAAUCUGCGCCCCUGAACAAAAAUUAAACGAAGUUGAUAUACCCUUAUAUGCUGAAAUAGAUCCCGAAAAAAGUACGCAGGUUAACAAAGGAAGACUCAUCGAAGUUGUUUUAGUAAAACACAAGACUGAUGAACCAUUUUGGCCUUCAUUAACAAGUGAUAAAAAGAAACACCAUUGGCUCAAGGUUGAUUUUAACCGGUGGCAGGAUGAAGAAGAAAGUGAAGAUGAUAUGGACCCCAACGAUAUGUUUUCAAACAAAAUAGGUGACUUCGGAGACGAAGAUAUUGAGAAAAAUGACUCGAGCUCUUGUGAAGAGGAAGAUCUACCCGAUAUUGAAUAAAUUUUGGUAUACAUUUCCAUUAGAUAAAUAGACCAUCUGAACAAUAAAAUUAUUGUAUUAUGCUUUUUUAUCAUGUAUGUUAAAGUAGCUUGUAUUAAGAACAGGGAGUUGUUUGCACCUUUGUGGAGACAAUCAGAUAUAUACUCACAGCAUGAAUUUAUGCGGUAUUUAAAGGAAGAUUAAGAAAUUUGCCAUAUGAGUUUAAUUUUUUUUACGAAAAAUUGUAUGGAAAUCUUGAUGAUCAAAUUUAUUAGAUAGCCAUAAACAAAGAUGAAUUACUAAAGAGUUUGUAAUAAGUAGUUGUCAUGUAUAAUUUUCUUAUUUAUAUGGGUUACUUUUGUAGCGUAAAGAUGGUUCUAAGUGAAUGUCUCAACAUUGUUUGUUGUGGUUUUAUUAGGCUACUUGUGUGAAACCUAAUCUUAUUGCAAAGUAGGUUACUGCAUACCUGGUGUAAUUGCAAUCUUUGAUUGCAUUGUUUUUUUUUAAAUAAAGUACAGAUAAAAA